UACUGUAUGUUGUUUACAGGUACAGUACUGUAUGUUGUUUACAGCACUGAGGUCUAUUGAAGACUGCUCUUGACUGGCCCAAAACUUAGGCAUUAUAUUCUAAUAUAACUCUAAUCACUGUAACGAUUUGUCUUGAGAUGGACAUUGGUUUGUGGUGAAGUGCUAUUUUUCAGCUAAUGUUCACUAAAGUUUGAAUCAGAUGCUGGGAAGUGUUUGAUUGGUAUGAGGAGAGCAGGUGGUUAUUGUAUUUCAGGUAUUGGAUUGAGUUGACAAUGUUCUUACCACUCCAGACCCCAUGCAUACAGCAGGCUGUAUGUAAUAUGCUGUGCCAUAUGGAGGUGGGAGUCAUGCUUGGACUAAGCCAUGAUGUAGGUUAAUAAUGAUGUGAUGUCAUAAUAAUCCCAUAGUUUCCACCACCUCAGCACUAUAUUCUCCUGGUAGAUAAUCUCGUCCCCAGGCUAAUAGCCCAAGAGUCUGGUGAACGACAUUACUAUCCUGGAGAGAGCAUAUGGAAUCACUUGUUAUUGUUUUUCUGUCUUUAUCUGUAGUGGCAUGAAAGGAAGCCUGAAGCCUUUCCUUUUAAGAAAGCAACAGAACUUCCUGGAGGAGUAACCAACCACAGCUGUUUUAGAAGCCAGUGGUGGCAGGGUGUGGACUGUGGAGUUCUACAGUAUAGAUGCAGAUCCUAACCACAAACACAUAUGGGUGUGCUGUGGAGCCGAACUGCAUUGGUGGAGAGAAGUUUGGUUCUGUAUACCAACAUGACAAGGAUGGAGACGUCUUGUCUGGAGUUGGCCUUGGAGGGGGAGAGGCAGUGUAAGGUGGGGAAUUACCGUGCCGGGGUCUCCUUCUUUGAGUCGGCAAUCCAGGUUGGCACAGAGGACCUCCAGAUCCUCAGCGCCAUCUACAGCCAGCUGGGCAACGCAUACUUCCACCUGCAGGAGUACAGCAAGGCUCUAGAAUACCACCGCCACGACCUCAACCUCACCAGAACCAUUGGAGAUGAACUUGGAGAAGCAAAAGCCAGUGGUAACCUUGGGAACACUUUGAAGGUUUUGGGAAGGUUUGAUGAAGCAGUGGUCUGUUGCCAAAGACACUAUGACAUUACCAGAGGGAUGUACGAUAAGGUUGGGCAGGCCCGAGCACUGUAUAAUUUUGGCAACGUUUACCAUGCCAAGGGGAAAAGCAUCUGCUGGACUGGAGCAGAGCCAGGAGAAAUCCCUGAGGAGGCCAAGGUCGCUCUGAACAAAGCCACAGAGUUUUACGAAUUCAACCUUUCCAUUGUGAAGGACUUGGGGGAUCGGGCAGCACAGGGGCGGACCUAUGGUAACCUAGGUAACACACACUAUCUGCUCGGAAACUUCCAGCGAGCUGUGGUGGCCCAUGGACAGCGUCUCCUCAUCGCUAAGGAGUUUGGGGACAGGGCGGCUGAGAGGAGGGCCUACUAUAACCUAGGCAACGCUUACAUCUUCCUGGACCAGUUUGAAGUGGCGGCUGAACAUUACAAGAAGACUCUGCAGCUGGCCAUGGUGCUGAAGGAUAAGGCUGUGGAGGCUCAGGCCUGUUAUAGCCUGGGGAACACCUACACACUGCAGCAGGACUACCAGAGAGCCAUCGACUACCACCUCAAACACCUUAUCAUCGCACAGGAGCUCAAGGACAGGGUUGGGGAGGGCAGAGCGUGCUGGAGUUUAGGAAAUGCCCACACAGCCUUGGGGAAUCAUCAGAAGGCCAUUCACUUUGCUGAGAAGCAUCUGGAGAUAUCCAAAGAGACUGGAGACAAAAAUGGUGAGGCAACAGCCAGGAUGAAUAUGGCAGACCUGAAGUUAGUGCUGGGUCUGGGUCAGAACCCAAGCUCAAGCCUCAACACCAACAACAGCUCUGUUCUGACUGAGAACCACAGGAAGCYGGAUACCUUACCAGGUGUGAAGUCAGAAGGAAGGAGUAACAGUAUGGAGAACUUGGAGCAUAUAGGACUGGGCCCUGAGAAAACAACUGUAGAAAACUGGGACGAAGAUGUAUUUAGGCCUUCUAACCCUAAAUCCAGCAUGGCCAAGGCCUCCUCCAAACUGUUCUUCAUCAACCGGUUCAGAGGGAAGAAACACAAGAAACACAGCUCUCCUACCAGAGAUGGGGUCCUCCAGGACACCAGCAACAAGCCCACGGCCCGAGAGAUGGACACACAUACGUCUGGAGMCAAGAUCGGAUGUUCUGACACUCUGGGUGACGAUGGCUUCUUCGACCUCCUCAGUCGUUUCCAGGGCAGCAGAAUGGACGACCAAAGGUGCUCCUUAUUGGACGGCGAGAGCCGUCUCUCCGAUCCCUUCUCUCCCUGUACUACCCCGCCCGUAGCCAUGAGGAAAUCUACUUCCGCAUGCGAGGCCAACCCGGAGCCUGGGCAUUUCCUGYAUCUGCAGGACAGCUCCCAGUGCAGUCAACUGGACGAGCAGAGAGCCAGCGUGGGCAACAGCCUCCCCGGUCUACGUCUCAGCACCUCCGAUCAGUCCAUCAGGCCCCACCCCAUGCUCAGUCGCCUGAUGACCAGUGCUGACCAGCCUCAGGCUGACGACGUCUUCUUUGACAUGCUAGUCAAGUGCCAGGGUUCAAGACUGAAUGACCAGCGGUGUGAAGAACCCRCUCCCUCCACUAGAGGUCCUACUGUCCCAGCUGAGGACUUCUUUAGCCUUAUCCUGCGCUCCCAGGCUAACCGGAUGGACGAGCAGCGGGUCCCACCACCACCCCUAACUGACCAGCUUUAGUCUACUUCUACCUAUCCUCAGCUUCUCUCAGCCCAGAAACCAGCACACCGAUGCAUUCCUCUACCAAAGCCCUAACUGAAAAUGGAUCUACCCCCCAAACUACUCUAGAAAUCAUGGAGUCCUAAUGUACAGACUUAUUAUUCUGGCAGAGAUUUUACAUACUUUUGUUAUGUUGAUUGGGCUUCUUUCAGCCUUUCUCUGUGUGUGAAUGACCCAGACAGUGCAAUAAACUGACAAUUUAACAGAU